CGGAGGGGGGCUCGGAGCGGGCAAAGGGGCGGCUCCGGCGGGCGGACUCGGAGCGGGCGGCGGAGUGACCCGGACAGCUGUCCUCUGACACCAGCCCAGCCCGCCUCGCUGUGUGGCCAUGAGAGCGGCCUACCUCUUCCUGCUGUUCCUGCCUGCAGGCCUGCUGGCUCAGGGCCAGUAUGAUCUGGGCCCGCUGCCUCCGUUCCCGGACCACGUCCAGUACACCCACUACAGCGACCAGAUCGACAACCCGGACUACUAUGAUUAUCAAGAGGUGACUCCUCGGCCCCCCGAGGAGCAGUUACAGCAGGUCCAACAGCAGCAGGUCCAAGAGGAAGUCAUCCCAGCCCCCACCUUAGAACCAGGAGAUGCAGAGACAGAGCCCACGGAGCCUGGGCCUCUUGACUGCCGCGAGGAGCAGUACCCGUGCACCCGCCUCUACUCCAUACACAAGCCCUGCAAACAGUGUCUCAACGAGGUUUGCUUCUACAGCCUCCGCCGCGUGUACGUGGUCAACAAGGAGAUCUGUGUCCGCACAGUCUGUGCCCACGAGGAGCUGCUCCGAGCUGACCUGUGUCGGGACAAGUUCUCCAAAUGUGGCGUGAUGGCCAGCAGCGGCCUGUGCCAGUCUGUGGCGGCCUCCUGUGCUAGGAGCUGUGGGGGCUGCUAGGCUGGAGCUGGCACCUGGAGCCCUGUACCCCGCUUGGAUCUGGGGCCCUUGGCCCUGCCUUACCUGGUGCUUCCCCCAGCCCAACAUGCCUUUGAUUCUGUAAAAAGUUAGUGGACUGCGGCCCUGGGGGUUGUCUCAGGCCCCUCCCCCUGCCCGUGGCCACGCCUGGGGCACAAUGGGGGCUCCCCACCACCCAGUCUUCACCCCCCAGACUGGGGGUGUCCCAGGCCUCUCGGUGGGACCUCGGCCUCUGACGUGCCUUCUCAGUCCCUCGGAGGACAGUCCCCCCGGUCCCCCGAGGUAGGCUAUGCCCUGACCCCAGCUGGUCUGCUUGGAUUUCCUACAGCCCCUCGGGCGUAGACCACCUUUGUUUUAUACAAAAUUAAAAACAAGUUUUUACAAAAGA